ACCAAACAACCCACCAAAAUGACCCCCCUUGCCCCCCUCGCCCCCCCCGCAAUCCGCAGCAAAAUCGACCUCCUCAUCACCAACCUGAUCAACAUCCACGACCCCACCGGCGAAUUCCUCCUCCACUUGCCGGACGGCCGCAUCAUCGACACCAAAUCCUGGCACGGCUGGGAAUGGACACACGGGGUGGGGUUAUACGGGAUCUGGAAAUACUACGAGCUCACGGGGUCGGCCACGCACCUGCAGAUCAUCAAGGACUGGUUCGCGGCGCGGUUCGCCGAGGGCGGCACGACGAAGAACAUCAACACGAUGGCCGUGUUUCUGUCGCUGGCGCACCUCUACGAGACCACCCGCGACGUCACCUACCUCCCCUGGCUGGACGCCUGGGCCGAGUGGGCGAUGCACGAGCUGCCGCGCACGCGCCACGGCGGCAUGCAGCAUAUCACCUACCUGACGGACAACCACGAGCAGCUGUGGGACGACACGCUGAUGAUGACCGUCAUGCCGCUCGCCAAAAUCGGGCGGUUGCUGGGCCGGCCGGCGUAUGUGGCGGAGGCGAAGCGGCAGUGUUUGCUGCAUGUGCAGUAUCUGUUUGAUGCGCGGACGGGGUUGUUUUUCCAUGGGUGGCAGUUUGCCGCCGCCGCGGACGACGCCCAGGUGGGGCAUCAUUUCGCGGAGGCGCGCUGGGCCAGAGGGAAUAGCUGGAUUACGAUGGUUAUCCCCGAGAUCGUGGAGUUGCUGGAGCUCGAGGAAACGGAUCCGAUCCGCGUGCAUUUGCUGGGCGUGCUGGAGGCGCAGUGCGCUGCCCUCCGGCGAUUGCAGGCGGCGGACGGGUUCUGGCAUACGUUGCUGGAUCAUCCGGAUUCCUACGUCGAGGCUUCGGCGACGGCCGGGUUCGCCUACGGGAUGCUCAAGGCCGUGCGGAAGAGGUAUCUCGGCAACGAGUACCGCGCCGUGGCGGAGCGGGCGAUUCAGGCUGUGGUUGGGGCCGUGGAUGCGCAGGGCGAGCUCCAGAACACCAGCUUUGGCACGGGGAUGGGCGACAGUCUGCAGUUCUACAAGGAGAUCCCCCGCACGGCGAUGCCGUAUGGGCAGGCGAUGGCGAUCAUGGCGUUGGGGGAGUAUCUGCGGGGGAUUUCGUAUUAGAUUGGGAUGAGUAGAUGCGUGCGAAUAGUAUAGAUGUAUAGAUUCCACACCGGUCCUGCAGUUGACACCGGUCGUCCAUGGUAUCUCCGUAUCUCCGGCCCCGUUUCGAGUCAAGUAGGGCUACAGCUGACUCUUCAGCCACAACGUCUGCGAAUUACACCACCCGACCAACCCAUGCACCCCCCACUCCGUGCCCAUCCCACUCGCCUUGUGCCCGCCGAACGGCACGUGGGGCGCGACGUCGAAGUGCGAGUUCACCCACACCGAGCCGGCCUGCAGCUGGUCGACGAUGCGGCGCGCGCGCCCCAGAUCGCGGCUCCAGACCGAGGCGCUCAGCGC